AUGGAGGCAGCCCAAGAAAGGGAGCUGCAGCUGCUGCAGGUGCAGGGGUCAUGGCCUUUCCACGCGGCGGAGGCGGCGAGCAGCUGGGACGCCAGCAGCAGCAGCAGCAGCAGCAGCAGCGGCGGCGGCGGCGGCGGUGGCGGUGGCGGUGGUAGUGCCGGCGAUUGCUUCCUGCUCGGCUGGGAUGAGCCGCCGUUCGGCUGCCUCGGCGUCCUCGCCGCCGCUGGCGCCGACGUCGUCCACGGCCUCUUCCCUCUCUACAUGGAGGACUCGCGGGCGUCGCUCCCGCCGGCGCCGCCGCAGCAGGACGCGGUGGCAUUGUCAUUGCCGUUGCCAUUGCCAUUGCCCGAGGAGCUGGACGACCUCCUCCUGAAUUUCUGGGACGCAGGCGAACAGCAGCAGCAGCAACAACAACAGGUCGCCUUCAAUUCCAGCUGCACACUGCAGGAGGAGAAGACGAGCAGCAGCACUGCCACCACCAACUCCAACUCCUUCUACGACGACGAGGAUCUCCUCGGCUCGAUUUUCUCGGCGGGGCCCACGUUGGCAGAGAAAGGCGUGGCAGAGCCACUCAGCUCGUCGUCCUCCAGCUGCCGGGCGGACCAACAGGUCAGUGAGGUGAGUGGGGCCCGGCCGCAGGGCACCCCGGCGACGAGUGGCGGCCGGGCCCCGCCGCCCCGCCCGGCUCGCUGCUCGUCGUCGUCGUCGUCGCUGAAACGCGCCGCGCCGGAAGCGGAGGCGGAGGCGGAGCACUGCAGCCAGAGCAGCAAGCGGCGGAGGGAGACGACGCCGCCGCCGCCGGUGUCGGCGUGCAGGGUGCUGUGCCCGUUCGCGGUGCUGAAGCCGGACGGGCUGGACGGCGGCGCGACGCUGGCGGACAUCAACGCGCGGAUCCUCAUGCGGCCGUCGCGGCCCGUGCACCACCCCGUCGGCGAGUUCGCGUGCGUGCCGCGCGUCUCGGCGGACAAGCCGGGCCUCUCCGGCAAGACCGUCUCCGGCUUCACCAGGCUGCACACCCCCGGCCGCGGCACCAUCACCAUCAUAAGAACCAGAGGCUAAUUAGCACAAUCCACCAUGAUUUGCUGACGACGACGACGAUGUAGAUUAGCCUAGCAAUCAAAGUGGCUAGAAUGCUCGCUAGCUACGUGCUUACCCCCGAGCUUAAUUAAUUCUCACGCCGUGUAAUUAUAUGAGUGCCCGAUUAUAUAUCGAGCGAAAUAAAAAUCUCAUCUUUUUUUGCUAACUCUUUCUCCGCCUCUCCGGUAAAAAUAUGAUCUUUC